UUAUACAGUUUUUGUGACUUUUAAGAUUUUGGUUCGAUUUUUAAAAGAUACAAUUCUGAAUAGCUGAUUACCAUAAAGCUGUCAUAUCCCGUUGUGGAUUAGCACAACAUUAGCUCCUGAAUUAUAUUUUGAUAAGUUAUCUGCAUAACAGGGAAUGUGAUAACAUUUUAUUUAAGGCUUAUGCAAAACUCUUAAACCACGGCACGGUAGUUCCAUAUUUCCUCGCAGCAUCUCUAAUUGUUGACGAUGGAUAAUGGUGGACAUUUGCAUGACCUACAGCUUCAGUUCCAAACGCUGGAAAAACAGCAGGAAAAAAGAAAACUGGAUAGGAAGAAGAAAAAAGAACUCGUCAAUUUCAACGUGACCGGUACUCAGGAUGAUUUGGAUCUGUCCAAGCAAGUCUUUCAGGACGACAAUCCUCAGGAUAGUCUGUUACAGCAGGAAAGUCAGACUCUAUUGGACCAACUGCGAGAGCUCAGAGAUGAAAAUGGUCGACUCUUCAAACUUCUGAGUGAAAAAGACUUUGAGAUCAAACAUCUAAAGAAGAAAAGAGAAGAAGAAAGACUGGCCUUAGCUGGCACAUCGGGCUUGGCGGGAGCUGUAGCUGCCACCAAGAUUGUUGAGCUUUCCAAGAAGAAUAGAGAGCUAACGGCGGAAAUUGAGCAAGAGAAGAUUAGAUCCAAGCAAAGCAGAAAUAGGAUCCAAGAGCUCGAGAAAGAGCUGCAGGGUGCUUUGGAGAACUCGGUAACUGGACAGAAAAGCGUGCAAAAAAUACAGGAUAAAAGCUCGUCUGGAGACCGCGAGGUGGACAGAAACCGAGAAAGUCCCGUGGUCAAGUCUCUGCAGGAGAAAUUAGCAGCCGCCCAGCUGAAAGUGACAGAAUAUCGAAACCAGGUUCAGUCUGCAAAGCAGGAGCUGAAAGUUGCUCAGAAGGUUUUACUGAGCGAAGUUGGCGAGGAGGUCAGCCUUCAGCAAGUGCUUACCGGCCCUGGGAGUUUUAGAGGCCGCUCACAGCAGAUUCUUGCUCUCCAAACAAGGGUGCGGGAGCUUGAGCAGCAGCUGUGGCAGCAAAGACAGUCAGGCGUUCUAAGUGUGGAGCAGGAGUUUCCUGCUACAGGGGUCCAUCAUAAAACCCCUCCCCAAAAUAGGAACAUCAACUACAUCCGGACCAUCGAGAAAGAGAAAAGGGAGGCCUUUGAGAGGAUCUCUGCAGAUUAUGAAGCUCUCUUGAAAGAACACGAGGAUGUGAAGAAAAAGCUAGAAGCCGCUAAAGCCAGGAGCAGAACCCAGUCUGAGGAAAUCAAAAGGCUGAACGUGCAGAUCUCCUCCUUGUUGGAGAAGGGGAAACAUGAUGAUGGGCUCGUGGACGCCCUGCUGAAACAGCAAAGCGAAAUGCAGACGGUGCUGAAGCGUCUCAGCCGGCAGCAGAGCGCACAGAGCAAGGAGCACAGACAUAACCCGAGACAGCAGCUGGGCAGCGAGGCCCCAGAGCACAACAGUCUCAUCCAGAAGCUGAAGCUCAUGGUUGCAGAGAAAGACGCCGUGAUAAGGGAACUGCGGGAAACGCAGGAACUUUCCAGCAAGCAGGUGAAGGAGGAGAGUGUGGCCAGACAAUCAAGCCCGAAGAUAAAAAGCUGCAAUUCAAGACUUUGGCCAGAAGAGGGAGACAUCAUCAAUAGAAUUACGCCAACGGAAUCAGUCUCUAAAUUAGGCCAUAAAUUAGUGCUUGCUCCUGUGGGAGGCGGGAUGGAAAUAAAAAGUCCUUCAAAAUGUCCGCAGUGUUCUGCCGACGUGAGCGCUCUGAUCCCCCAGAGCAGCGCGUAUAAAGUCCUCAGCGUGGAGAAGGACAGGCUCCUGGAGCUGGUUAACGUCCUACAGAUCAAGGAGAAAGACAUGAAGCAGAUGUGUUUGGAGGCAGAGACAAAGUACCACGAGGAGCGCCGCAAGACCGUGAUGCUGGAGCAGCAGUUAGAAAGGACAAAAAUUGUUUCCAAGUAAAGGACAUCCAGCUUGGUAAGAACCAGUGUGACCCGGCACGGGUCCCUGCUGGGAAAAGGCUCUUCUCUAAUCCUUUAACUCAUCAGCGCAAACCCCACCUGUCUCACUCAUGGCUGUCAUGACUCUGUUGGGCAGGAGCAGCGGGGCAGGAGCUCUGAGGCCGUGUGGACAGACAAACUGAACGAACUCUACAAUCUGCCAAUAAAUAUUAACUUAGAAAUAUUAUUUUUUUGUCUCUUUUGAGCUUCUCCAGAGUUUAAAUUUGACGUUUUCUUUUGUUGUUGCUGUUUUUUUUUUUGUCGCAACGAAUGUAAUGAUGUGCAGCAACAGACCCCGGGCUCCCAUGGACAGCGUCCGCUUCUGCCCAUCAUCUUUUGGUUGUUUGUGUUGCACUUGUUCGCUGUCUCCUGGCUGGUUAUUCAGCUGGAGGAAACACAGCUUUUGAGGGCAUCCCGAAAGAGCACUCUCCAUCACGGCGUGCAGGUUUAUAGUGACAUGAUGAAACAAGUCAUGCGUGUGUGUGUGUGUGUGUGUGUGUGUGUGUGUGUGUGUGUGUCCUGGAGGCUCUGUGACAGCACCGACAAGAGACUAACCAGGGGAACUGGCUGUUCCCUGCUCUGGCUCUCUCUUGCUGCUGAGCCCUACCGUCUCCUGUCACAUGUGACAAACCACAGCCUGCAGGAAGCAAGUUGUCCUCCUUAGCCACACACACACACACAGGAAAAAAAAUAAUGUGGAUAUCUUUCUCUCACUUCAGUUGGGAGUGAUUUGUAACGGCAGGCCUGGUAACUUCAGGUUAAGGACUACGGAGGAACUUUUGCGGAGCAGCUUCCUGCUCAGCCCUGAUGGCAGCAGACAGUUGUUCCUGCUGAUUAGGGACAGGCUUGGCACACAAUCUGUUCCCGCUCUGCUUUCAUAUUUCAUCUCUGCUAGUUGUUCGGUGAAUAUAGAUUGUCACUUUUUUAUUUUGUGAAGAAAAAAAAAAAGUUUUAUUUGCUUGUAACCUUUUUAUUUUUGUCAAACACAACAAAUGUCUUAUUUCAUUAGUUGAAACAAAGCAAGUUUUCACCAAAUGUCUUUUAUUACCAUCCUUACUUUAAAUCUUUAAGGCUUUUUUUUUGCAUUUACCUCAUCCUUUUUGAAGUUAUUUUUGGUAGUGGAUGGCUGUGUAUAGAGUUGCAGAAUUCCAGUCAAGGAUGCAAUUACCCCUCUUAAGUUCCUCCUGAUGUUUGAUAUUCCUGGUGAAUAUCCACACCAAUCAUUUCUGACUUGAAACCAGAUGUGUGGGAAUGGCGGUUGAAAGUGAAUGGGGAACUAAAGCUUACACGGGGCCGACUGCAGUUCCUAUUUCCACAGCAGGGAUUUCAUGUACAGUAUGAAAUCUCAGAGAGAGUGUUCCACAACAUCCUGACAAAGUUAGGAAAAAGUUGGGAAUUUCGUUUAAGGGUUUCCUUGGUCUGGAUGGAUUUUGAAGGCGACAAUACAGUAUGUGGAAAAAUGUGUUUUCUCAAACUUUGUUUCCAGCAACGUUAAAUGUCUUUAUACUUUUGCUUUUCUUACCUCUUGC